UCCUCUUCCAGGCUUCUUACACCAAAUUCUGCUCAGAGCCGGUUGGUUUCAGGAAGUAACAUGCCAUUUACCCUACCCCCUCAACCUCUCCUGCUCCACCCCUCCCCUCCCAAUAUCCCAGGCCUUAGUAAUAUCGGGUUUAUGGGCAUCUGGAAAUCCGGUGGGGUUGUGUGGAGUCCUGCAGGGUGUCCACUGGAGUGCGUUACAUCCUGGGAGUUUAAGAGGAACCCAGAGUGUCUACACUUCAGGAGGCCACUUGCCAGUAGCUACUGUACGGCUCUUCCCUGUCUCCCCUGCUCCAGGAACACCUCAGUCUAGGAGGCUGAAGAUGCCAUAUUCCAGCCUGCAUCCAUCCAUCCCACGUCCCAGAGGUCACCGAUCCAAACAGGCAGCCUUGUUCUUGCUGGUGGUCAGCCUCAUGAUCCUUUGGGGGCUUGGGGAUCCCCCAAAUCACACACUCCGGUACCUGGUGCUCCACCUAACCUCCCUGCAACUUGGACUACUGUUGAAAGAGGUCUGCUGUCUGGCUGAAGAGCUGUGCCAUGUCCACUCCAGGUAUCAGGGCAAAUACUGGAAGGCUGUACGCGCUUGCCUGGGCUGUCCCAUCCGCCGCACGGCCCUGCUGUUCCUGUCCUUCUAUUUCUACUGUUCCCUCCCAAAUACUACUGGCCCGCAUCUCUGUUGGAUGUUUGCCCUCCUGGGACUCUCACAGUCCCUCAACAUCCUUCUAGGCUUCCAGAGCCUGGCCCCAGCGGAAAUCUCUGCCAUCUGUGAAGAAAAGGGCUUCAAUGUUGCCCAAGGGCUAGCCUGGUCGUACUACAUUGGGUACCUGCGGCUGAUCUUGCCAGGACUCCAGGACCGGAUCCGAACGUUCAAUCGGCUACAUAACAACAUGCUACAGGGGGCACAGAGCCGAAGGCUAUAUAUUCUCUUCCCCUUGGACUGUGGGGUGCCUGAUGACCUGAGUGUGGCUGACCCCAACAUUCGCUUCCGAGACAUGCUGCCCCAGCAAAGCCUAGACCGGGCUGGCAUCAAGAAUCGGGUUUAUUCCAACAGUGUCUAUGAGCUUCUGGAGAAUGGGCAGCCAGCAGGCACCUGUAUCCUGGAGUAUGCUACCCCCUUGCAGACCUUGUUUGCCAUGUCACAGGAUGGGAAAGCUGGCUUUAGUCGGGAAGAUCGGCUUGAGCAGGCCAAACUCUUCUGCCGGACACUUGAAGACAUCCUGGCCAACGUCCCUGAAUCUAGAAACAACUGCCGCCUCAUUGCCUACCAAGAACCCAAAGAUGGAAACAGUUUCUCACUGUCUCAGGAGGUUCUCCGGCACAUUCGUCAGGAAGAAAGGGAAGAAGUUACCAUGAGUGGCCCCCAGACUUCAGAGGUGUCUCGUUCCUCUGUGCUGUCCCAAGAGCCAAGACUCCUCAUCAGUGAUAUGGAGCAGCCUCUCCCGCUCCGAACUGACCUCAUCUGAGGCACAAGACAGCCUGGUCUGAGCUGCUGCUGAUCCUUCAGCCUCCUUACAGUGGUUUCCCUCAAUGGCUGGAGGACCUCACAGAGAUUUCACAUCUCCAGAUGAGUCCCAUGUUCCUGGGCAGGCCAUUUUGCCUCUCUGAGCCUCAGCCUACUCCCCUGUUGAAUGGGAUUAUAAUGGGUGCCCUGCCUAUUUCACAGGGUUUUUGUGAGGACUAACCAUGUAGAAAUUUAGUGUCAAUUGCCAGGUAAACUUAAGAGUUAGGUCAAAGGCCCAGCGAGACAGUUGUGUAGGUUGAUCUGCUUAUGAGGCCCCCUGACAGUAGGAUCAGGAUCCACCCCUGGUCCAUGAGCUGGCUUUUUGGAGCCCAGUGGCUGCGGUGGGACACCUCGCACAGCCUUGA